AUGGAACACAGGGGUGAAGAGAUUGGAAUCAACCACGCGACCACCCUCACUAACAGACAGCGUGGGAAUGAGAUCACAGUCAGACCAGCUACGUUAGACAGUCUGUCUGUCCAUCAGCUCGCGGCGCAGGGGGAGAUCGCGAGGGUGGAACAGCUUCUAGCUAAAGACGUUUCUCUGCUGAAUAGUGAGGAUGAGAGAGGAUUCACCCCACUCAUGUGGGCAGCUGCAUUUGGGGAAAUCACAAUGGUGGAGUUUCUGCUUGAAAAAGGUGCUGACCCAACAGUGCUUGCACGUGAGCGAGAAAGCGCCCUGUCCCUGGCCAGUGCUGGGGGAUUCGCUGAUAUCAUCAGUAUUCUUCUGAAACACAAAGUUGACAUCGACUCCUACGACUGGAAUGGGGGAACUCCUCUGUUAUACGCUGUGCGUGGGAACCACGGGAGAUGUGUAGAGGCUCUCCUGGGUGGAGGGGCAGACCUCACAUUCGAGGCAGACUCUGGAUACAGUCCCAUGGCCUUGGCCAUCGCACUGGGCCAUAAAAAAGUGCAAAAGUUGAUAGAGGACCACAUUCUGAAGCUGUUGAAGCAGAGACAGCGUGAGACUGUUGAUGAAUGAAGCUGGUAGCCCAGGUCA